AUGGAGGCCGGACGGGAGGGAGUGCAGCCGACCGCGAACACCUACGCCAUUAUGCUUCGUAUGUGGCUUCGGUUUAACCCUGACUCGGAAUCCCCAGUCCAGAUCAGUGCCGCGGAGAUGCACGACCCCAUGUCCCUCCUGCGUCAUAUGUUACGCGGCUCGGUCGCGCCGGCGUUGGUCGUCGCUGACCGUGCUUUCACGACCAGUGAAGAAGCGACGGAGGCGAUCAAGGCUCUCUCUCGGGCCGCGGUGGAGAUGGGGCUCUCGAGCGUCGUCAAUGAGCUCGGUUUGGCGGACUCUCUUGGUCGCCAGGUAGACGACCCGCUAGAGGAUGUACCGGAAGCCAUCCCUGUAAUGAAGACCAAGAGAAACGAGGAUGGGACCGUGUCGCAGUUCACGACCGACCAGCCCGCACCGCGCCUCGACGGCGACAUCCCGUUCAAUCUGGAGACUCUUCGCCGGCAUCUCGGUCAAGUGAUCCUCGCGCGUCGUGUGCUCUCCGAGGACCUCGUUCUUCGUCAGCGCCUACUAGAGCAGUCGGUAUAUAACGUUGCGGUGGAGCGCUUCAGACAUCAGGCGGAGCUGUUUGACCAGCUUGGCUUGCCCAACAAGAGUCUGCACUCCACUGACCUCAGGACCUGGAUGUGGCAUUGGCAUGUCAAGCUGCAAGCACGUAUUGAAGCCGAACUCGCUAACCUGGAGAUCGAAGAGCGUGUCAUCGCCCGCCUCCGGAGGAAGGGCAGCAAGGAGGAUCCGCAGCUCAGCCCGUUCCUUAAGCUACUCAAGCCCGAGAAGCUGUCGCUCAUCACUGUCCUCGAACUGAUGCAUCUGCACGGUUCCGGAGGUGUGCAAGACGGGAUGAAGACGGCGCGUGCCCUCCUUGCUGUGGGUCGGGCUGUCGAGGGCGAGCACAAAGCGGAGAUGUGCAAGAAGAACAACAUCUCGGUCCCGAACGCCAACCCUGCCCGCUCGGGCGACCAGAACGUCUUUACGAACCUCGGCUAUCGUGACUUGCACGCACGUCGCGUAACUGCGCGGAAGUACAUGGAAGACUCCGAGGAAUGGACCUCGGAUUGGUCGCAACUUGUUCGAGUGAAGAUCGGCAGCUUCCUCGUCGACUGCCUCAUGGACGUCGCCACUGUCCAGCGAUCGAUCAAGGACCCUCGAACGGGAGAGAAACUCACCGAGGAGCAACCUGCCUUUUUCCAUUCGUACGAGUACCAGCGCGGUCACAAGCUGGGCGUUAUCAAGUUCAACCCCGCUGUCGCGGAACGAAUGUCUAAGGAUCCUAUCGCGGAGACCCUGCACCCUCGGCAUCUGCCCAUGCUCGUUAAGCCCAAACCGUGGCUUAGCUACAAUAACGGCGGCUACCUCUACAGCCGUACUUGGGCGAUGCGUUUCAAGGAGUCGCGCGAGCAGGAGCUUUACCUGCGCCAUGCGUCCGACGCUGGCCGUCUAGAGCUCGUGUUCGCUGGCUUGGACGUGCUUAGUAGCACUCCUUGGCGGAUCAAUCGCACUGUUUUCGACGUGGUUCUCAAGGUAUGGAACUCAGGCGAACGGUUCGCCAAGAUUCCGCCCGCUGUACCCGACGAGCCCGAGCCCGAACGUCCGCCAAAUAUGGAUUUCGACAACAAGGCCAAGAUGGUGUACCUGGAACGCCAGAAGUCGUGGAUGCAGACCAAAGCGUCGAACCACUCCGAUCGAUGCAGUAUCAACUACAAGGUUGAAAUUGCGCGCGCUUUCCUUGGUGACACCAUCUACCUUCCGCAUAAUGUCGACUUCCGUGGUCGCGCAUACCCAAUCCCUCCGCACUUGAGCCACAUCGGCGAUGACCUGUCGCGAGGCUUGUUGCUCUUCGGCGAGGCAAAGCCACUUGGAGCCCGCGGCCUGCGGUGGUUGAAGAUCCACUUGGCGAACUUAGCUGGGUACGACAAGGCGAGCUUCGACGAGCGCGUAGAGUUCGUGCACGAACAUCUGGACGACAUCUACGACAGUGCAGAACGCCCGCUCGAGGGCGGCAGGUGGUGGACGAAGGCGGACGACCCUUGGCAGUGUCUUGCGACGUGCAUAGAGCUCAAGGCUGCGCUCACCUCGCCCGACCCAGAGGCUUACGAGUGCGCGCUCCCGGUGCAUCAGGAUGGAACAUGUAACGGUCUGCAGCACUACGCGGCACUGGGCGGUGACGCCGUAGGUGCCGCACAGGUCAACUUGGCGGCAGCGGACAGGCCGUCCGACGUGUACACGUACGUCGCGAAGAUGGUCGAGGACCAGAUCCAGCGUGACUUGAAGGAAGAUCACCCCUUCGCCAAGCUCCUCGCUGGCAAGAUCUCGCGUAAGGUUGUGAAGCAGACGGUCAUGACGACGGUUUACGGCGUCACGUUCGUCGGUGCUCGCGACCAGAUCGAACGUCAGCUCAAGGACCGUGGGGACGUCCCCAUAGAGCAGUGCUGGCUCGCCGCCUCCUACCUCGCCAAGAAAGUCCUUGCGUCCAUCGGUGACCUGUUCAAGGGCGCGAAGGAGAUCCAGACAUGGCUGAACACGUGCGCUCGCCUGGUCGCGAAGGCGAUCCCGCAGGACCGUCUGGUGCAAUCGAUGACCGAGCCUCCCCCGAAGGCGAAACGCAGCAACCAGCCGCGGUGGAAGAAGGAGCAGAUGACCUCUGUGGUGUGGACGACGCCGCUUGGCCUGCCGAUCGUGCAGCCCUACCGCUCCAUCAAGCGCAAGCAGGUCAUGACAGCCCUCCAGACGGUGUUCAUCUCGGACCCGAACAUCCCGUCCACGGUCAACGCCCAGAAGCAGGCCUCGGCGUUCCCGCCGAACUUCAUUCACAGUCUCGACGCGACGCACAUGAUGCUGACCGCUCUCGAGUGCCGCUCUCAAGGAUUGACCUUCGCGUCCGUGCACGACUCGUACUGGACGCACGCGGGUAGUAUCGACCAGAUGAACGCCAUCAUCCGUGACACGUUCAUCGCCCUGCACUCCUCGGACGUGCUCAGCGCCCUCGCUCAAGAGUUCCGCGAGCGCUACGCGGACUACAAGGUUCCGCUGGUGUCGCUCCAGGGGCCCGCUAUGAAGAAGCUCAAUCUCGAGGGCGCAGCCGCGCCUGAGGACAUCCAGGCGCUCAAGGAGAUCGUGACCGAUGAGGUGGAGAAGCCUGAGGAGGAAGAGGCGUCUCUCGUUCUGGAUGCCGAGGAUGACCUAGAGCUCGAGGAGGUUGAGGAGGAGGUGAAGCCGAAGAAGCGCAAGCCGAAGAAGUCGGCGAAGUCGAAGGAGGACGUUGAGCAGCACCUCGCGGGCAAGUUCGUGAACCUGGUCGACAUCCUGCCCGCCCUUCCUGAGAAGGGCAAGUUUGACGUCAAGGCGAUCAAGGAGUCGCAGUAUUUUUUCUCGUAG